ACCCAAAGGCAGCUUAUACUUUGCUCUAAAAUCAUAAGCUCACUGCAUACAACCAAGGGUAUCAGUGAAUCUGUUUUCAUCCUCGGUUCAAAUCAAGAUUCCUCUCAAAUUUUCCAAGAAAAUGCUUCUAAACACUCCAACUUGUACACACAUCUUCACCACCAUAAAUCAUCAUCAUCACACCAUCAAUACUCCAGUUUUGCCCAAAACCCUAUUUCCUAUUUUUGGUAGAAAAAUCAAGGGGUUUUCAUCAAAUUGGAGAUUUAUAUCUGACUCAACAACUGGGACUGGAAGAAGAUCAAGCAUCAAAAGCUCAUUGAUUGAGGCACCUGUUCUAUGGGCUGGAAGAGUGUGUAUAUUCUAUGUCCUAUUGAAGGCUGGUUUGGCUGGAUCCCCUUCUAAUCCACUCGCCUCCACCACAGAACUUGAAAGUGAUGGUGACGAUUUGGGUUUCGCUAAGUGGUUUGAAGAGUUCCGAGGCAAACCGGAAAGAGAAGCAGCAGAUCAAAGGAAACUAGUAAGCAAAUGGCACCCUACAACCAAGGGUACCCUUAGGCGAAACUACAGGAUCCCUUCAAAGGCCGAAGGGCGUCGUCUUCUCAAAGCCAUCGCAUCCUUGCUUUCAGAUGACGAUCACUUCCGAGAUGCCACCUCCCACAAGGGUUGUCAAAUUAGAAGGGAGAGUGCUCAUGGAGAAACCGUAUGCUGCAACAACGUGAGGGCUUUGUUUGAUGAACUUCCGACACCACAUUUGGUUGUGGAGAUUACUCCUUUUCCUGCUGGCCCGCUAACGGAAAGUGAUUAUGCUAGGGCACAGAAGUUAGAGAAAGUUCUUAGGACUGGUCCUUUUGUAUGAUUAAUUUCAUCAUCUUCUUGUAUGUAACAAACUCAUAUCAUGUACAUAUACAUCGUCUUUUAAGCACACCCAAAAAUGGGUUUUCCAAAUCUAACCUAGGAGGAAGAAGUAUCUAUUUCCUACUACUCAAGAGCAUGAAAGAUGAUCUCCAUAUGACUGUUAGUAGACCAAUUCUUCACAAAAUUGCUGAUGGCAGAACGAUUCUUGUGUAAGAAUUUGCGAUGGAUCGUUAAUUGUCGAUUUGAUAGUCAUCUUAAUCCACUUUGGUUACCACGAGGAGGAUUGGCAAUGACCGAUUUUGAUCUGUUUUUCAUACAUGGGUUCUACAAUCAGACACUUAGGAGGUUUUGCUAUUUUUUAUUUAAGUACUAGGU